GCAGUAGACAAAGUCAAAAUCUGAAUCAUCGACGGAGGGAGAGAAGGGGGGUAACUGUAGAGUGAUGGGACCUGGCUGAGGAAACAGCAGCGAGCGAUCACUCUCCGAGCUGGUAAUGAAAGACAGAUGUGAAGGAUGACUUCGUGCUCAGAGAUCUGUGGGUCGGAAUACAGAGAGCAGGCUCAAUCCGGCGGAAACGGCCAACAGUACGGAGUCCGCUCCUACCUCCACCAGUUCUAUGAGGAGUGCACAGGUUCUAUCUGGGAACGUGAUGAAGAUUUUCAGAUUCAGAGAUCGCCAAGCAGGUGGAGCUCUUUACUCUGGAAGGUCUGUCUCACGUUUGGAACGCUGAUCCUUGUUACAGGUCUUAUUGUUGUUUUGGUGGGUUACGCAACACCGACUAUGACUGAAACCUUUGGUGAAGAUGAUCUCCUGUUUGUUGACAGCUACGCUGUCCGUUUCAACCGUGCACUGGAUGUCUGCAAGCUGACCGGUGCGGUGCUGUUCUGUGUGGGUGGCACCUCCAUGGCUGUGGGUCUUCUGCUGUCUGCCUUUGCUAAAAGCUACUCCAAAGACGAACUGUACCUGCAGCACAAGUUUAAGGAGCGGUUAGCAGAUCUCCAUGCAACAGUUGGUUCACCAAUGAUGAAAGCACCAACUCCUGGGGAGGGAAAGGUGCCUGUAACGCUCUCCAAAGUUCAGAACAUACAACCUGUGGCCACAAAAGCAGAGACCUGAUCGGCGCCCCAAUAAAGAAAGACACAAAGUGAAAUAGGAUUGAACUGUGUGUAGGAUGUGUAUAAUUGAGGGCCCAUGUGAGUGUUAAUCUUAAUGAGCAGUUUAUCUUUAAAAAAAAAAAAAAAAAGGCCAGCUUAAGUGGCUCUUUUCUUUUUGGUUGUCAUUUUUAAUAGCUUCAUUGACACAACUGAUGUCAUCAUUCGAACCAUGGCGAUAAAAACUCAUUGAGCAGUGACAACGCUUUGCCGGAAAAGAAUCUGAGGAGGAAAUUAAAAAGCAGCAUCCAGUCAAGAAGAACAUAGCAUUGUUUUUGACAGCGAUAGACAUCUUUGGAAAUGACAGAGGAUGUUAAUGAGAAAGAGGAGCUGAACAGAGCAGCUCAGUUAUUCUGACGCUCAACAUGAAAAAAGCUCAAAUUGAUUUUUAACAUGGUAAUUACUGCCACGCUAUUUUAGAUCACGAGUGCUACGUUUUGGUGCUAUUUGUCAACAAGCCAGAGAUCUGCCAUUUUAGACCGCCAGAGAAAAAGUGCAAAUAUAAUUUUUUGGCAAAAAGACCCACUGAAAUAGAAUUCACAGGCAGAACAUUGACAUUUUCUUAUUGCUUGUUACUCCUCUAACCUUGUUUCUUCAAUAAACCUUCAGACAGGAUCAAUAGACUGAGCGUAGAUGCAGAGAAACAAUCUAUAUCACACAUAAAGAAAACUCACCAAAUAGAAUGGCUUGACCAAAAAAAACAAAAAAAACUCCCAGUGUCAUUUCUUAAAACUAUGAACUGUCGGUCCAUCCCUCCCCUCUAACUUCCCUUUCUUUCUUACUAUUUGAAAUAUAAGCAUAUAAAAACAUGUAUCCAUGAAAGUCAUAACUCAUUUUACACCAUUUUGCAUCUAUCUAUCUACUUCUAUUUUUAAAGACUGAAAUAAAACAAGUACUUGCAGUGAGACAAACACAACAAAUAGGUUGCAUAACAGGCAGAUAGCUGACAGGAACACGCUAAUCUUGCUGAUGAGCAACAACAUCACAUUUGACAGCUAUAAUGGAAGAGCGGCUGUGAUUCAUAGAUGCCCAAUAAUAUUGUCACUUACAAAAAUUGAAAUUAAACAGUCACGUCCAGCUGAACCUGAUCAUAUACGAUGCAAGAAAGGUUAUAGAUUAUAUAUUAAAAUCAGGACAGACUAUAUGAGUAUAUAAGACUUAUGAGUCUCAUAUACUCAUAAGUAUAUGAGACUUAAUGUUAUGAGUAUUUUUGUUUUUAUUAGGUCAUUCAGGUUAGUCCUUCAUACCUGACUGGAUUUUACAAGCACAGAUAGUGCAAAUUAACUUUUUUUCUUUGCUGCUUACGAUCUUGUGUUAAUGUAAAUAUAUUCCCAAAUUGUGAUCCUCCCCUUUUUAUGUCGUUUCUGUUAUUGUUGCGGUUACUGUUUUGGUUUGAUCUAUUGAAUUACAGAGGAAAUGACGAAUAGGGCGGAUUGUUUGCACUGCGCCUCAUCAGAACAAUGCUAGAACAGAACAUUAUAUCAAGCUCAUUUACACUGUCAGGCUGUAAAAUAAAUGCAGCAGCACUUCAGGGUAUUAUCAGCAUAAACUGCUUUGUUGGUCACAUAUAUUCAUGUAAAUUGACCUCUGAUGAUCAUUUAUACAACCUACAGUCUUUCUACAAAGUGCAACAAAAUACAUUUUAAACUAUUUGGUUCAAAUCAUACAUGUUGGUAAUAAUAAAAUAUAUGUACCACAUUCAUGAGGCUUACUGAACCACACAUAAGAAUCAGAGCUGUUAAAAAAAUGUGGUAUGAACCCUCCAGUAUGGUCUAAAUCUUAGUAACUGAUCAGUGAUUAUGCUGAUUAUGAACUGCUGUACUGUUGUAUUCAAAACCAUAAUUUGUGUUUUUGUUUUUUUUUAUAUUAUUUUAUUCUGAACUAUUUACUUCUAUCUGAUUUACUCUAUUCUUAUACAUCUAUGUAGAUGUAAGAGUCCCUCAUCCCAGCCAGUAAUAAGAGUGUCAUCUUUUGGAUUAAAACCAGAUAUAUCACUGUAUCUACAGUAUGCUUCUUUUUCAAAGGACACAAUAAAAAUCACAUUUUCGCAGCUCA